CCUGUCACUCAGUCAGCUCCAGCUCCAGCAGCGACACUCCGUCAACAGCUCACCGUCCCGCAGCAGCGCCGAAUCCCGUCUACCUGCCGCCGAGCAACCAGGCGUCCACCUGCCGCUCCGUUCCCGUUGCCCCCGCCUGCGAGGGUCUCAACGGGCCGGCCAGCACUUGCGGUCGCGUUUCUCUUCGAGGGGGGGAAAAGCGUUGACACUCCUCCGCGAGCGUUCUUCUCCAUUCUUUGCCCUUCAAGUCAAGACAUAUGGAGAAAAUGGCUCGACCUCGUCCCAUAAACUCAACUUUCUUGCCGCCGACUCACGGCGUCCUCAAGUCCCUGCUGGAGAACCCUCUCAAGCUGCCUUUCCACCACGAUGAAGGAUUCGGCAAAGACAAGGAGAAGGAGAAGAAUUUGGACGAUGAGAGCAGCACGGCCAACCACCCGCAGUCGGCCUUCCUCGGCCCGACGCUGUGGGACAAAACCCUGCCGUAUGACGGCGACAACUUCCAGCUGGAGUACAUGGACCUGGAGGAGUUUCUGUCGGAGAAUGGCAUCCCCGCCAACACGGCGCAGAGCGACCAGGCUCAGCAUUCGACGACACAGCCGCCGCAGCAGCAGGCGACUCUCCAACAGGCCCCACCCACCGCCACGCCCACUCCCUCUGUGGUGGACCUCAGCAGCCGAGCCACCACCUCAGUUCACACUGGCAUGGCUCCACAGUCCUGCCUCCACAGCCCCGGCACGGCAGCUCUGCCCUCAGCCCGUGACACGCCCAGCCCCAUCGACCCAGAGUCCAUCCAGGUGCCCGUGACCUACGACCCCGACCCGGCAGACCUGGCGCUGUCCAGCGUCCCCGGUCAGGAAAUGUUUGACCCCAGGAAACGCAAGUUCACCGCAGAGGAGCUGAAGCCACAGCCCAUGAUCAAAAAAGCUCGGAAGGUCUUCAUUCCCGAGGACCUGAAGGACGACAGGUACUGGGCGCGGCGCAGGAAGAACAACGUGGCAGCCAAGCGUUCGCGAGACGCCCGACGGCUGAAGGAGAACCAGAUCGCCAUCCGCGCCUCCUUCCUGGAAAAGGAGAACUCUGCGCUCCGCAUGGAGGUGUCCGACCUGAGGAAGGAGCUGGGCCGAUGCAAGAACGUUCUGGCCAAAUACGAGUCCCGACACGGGCCGCUGUGAGGAACCACGCCCCCUGACCGCCACCUCUCCCUUUGCUCCUCCUCCUCGUCCUCACCUGAACCCAUUCACACCGACACACUUUACUACCCCGCCUCCAGUUUUGAAGGACAACGUUUUUUUUUUUUUUUUGGUGGCACCGCCCCCUCACACAAUAAGCUCCUCCCACUGUACCCCCCUCUUCAGUCUCUCAUGGUAUCAUCUUCUCUUCGAUUUGUCCGUUCUUUUUAUUAUUUCCAGUACUCAUCGAUCGACUGAAGACACAAAUAUAUAUAUAUGUAUACAUAGAUGAAUAUCUAUAUAUUUACACAUGCAUACUUAGUAUUCAUGUAACUGUGAGGAGUUAUGAGCCAACCCACCACCAGCUGAGUUCCCACCCCCAUGCCUCACCUCAACCCGCCCACUUUUGAGAAACAAUGCCAUGCUGUUUUUUUUUGUCAUUCACUUUCAUACCGAUUUUAUACGUAACAUCAGGACUGAGAAAACUGUUGUUUCCUGUUUCUCUUCUUCUUCUUCUGUGCUCAAAUCAUAAGACGUCAUUUUUUUGUAUAGCACUUAAAUUUAUGUGUGCAUUUGUGGUAUUUGUAGAUUUGCGUUUUUUUGUUUGUUUUUCUGAGCAAUAAUUCCUGUCCACAGUUAAAACCUUCAGACAUUUAUUUACUCACGUUCUUCUUCACCCCCUUUUUUCCUGCCACAAACCACCCACCUGCAGCUCUGCUGCCCCCUAGUGGCAGGUCUCCUCCACCUCCUCCUCCGUUGACUGAGACAAUCUUUGUGCACUAAUGCGUGUCUCACAAUCUGAUCCGGUGCAAUGUUUCCACUUGCUCAGAACAUUUUCCUCAUAUUUAUCUACCUGUUUAUUUCUCGAAUGGAAGAUUGUUGUUUUUAUUUUUAAUAUAUAUACAUAUACAGUAUAUUGUAUAUUAUAUAUUAUAUACUUAAUACAUAUUAGUCCUGGAGCCAGGUCCGCCCGUACUACAAUUGUAUAAAUAUAAGUGCAAGUGCGAUAUUUGGCAGGAAGUUUCCCGAAAUGAAGGAUAAAGUAGCAAAAUAAGAUAUUGCUACUUUGCUGUCUCUUUGGCUGUGAUUCAUCUUUAAAAUAUCACCCAAACUGUCAAAUUAUCUUCAAAAAAUUUUAUUUUUCCACUAAACUUCCCAAAUCUAUCAGAAGACAGUGCAUAUUAUCGCGAUAAAAACAAAGGAAAGAUUAUAGGUUAAUAGUUCUUGUCAAGUUACUUGAAAAUGCUGCCCCAAAGAGGGCGCCUGAACCUUGUGAUUUAACCCUGCGAUACAAACAAAUUUUUUUUUUAAAAAUGUUUUAAUGUAAGGCAAAGAGUUAAAAAAAUCGCAAUCAUUUUGGUCAGGAUAAUCACAAUGUGAAAUUUAAUCUUCUUUAAUCUUAAUAACCUGUUGUGGCGGCUUUUUGUAACGUCAGUAAAAUUACAAAAUUUUGCAAAAGAUUUAACGAUACAAACGUAGAGAACUCAUAUACAUACAAAUACAAAUACAUAAGACAAUUUGUUGUCAACUUUUUUUUCUAAUGUAUUGGAUUAGUUAUUUUUUGCAGUAUCCACGAAUAUUUGUGAUAUAAACAAACAAAACGACUGCUUGUCCAAACGAAAACAUGAAAAAUAUUGCGAUGUCUAGACCUUGCUCCUGGGCUAACAUAUACAGUGUGUAUAUAUAUAGAUAUAUAUGUUCUGUUGAUAUAUUUGUUGUAUUAUUACUGCUCUUGUUGUCGUUUUUUAGCCUCGUUGUUUUCCAGAUCUAAAGCAUGAUUUCUUUAACGGAAUGAAAAAGCUAGACAUUUUUUUCUUUUUCUCAAAAAGGUGUGAAAUAAUUCUCUUUUUUUUGCUUCUGCUUACCUUAGCAUGAUCGAGGAAUGUUUUUGUUUUUUUAGGAAAUCAACAAAAAUCAUCUGUAUUCUUUGUCUCUUUCUUUCUUUCUUUCUUUAUGUUUGCCUUCUUUAAAAAACAAAGAAAAGAAAAAAAACGGCUCUACGAAUGUAAAAGAUGUUGGUGAAACUAAAAAGAAAAAAGUUGGAUGGUGUUGUCCGAUACUGUGGUUUCGUUAAAAACCCGAUCAAUUUGUGUACUGCAAACCAAACUAUUCACAACAGAGAUGAUAUAUUAUUGGUUACAAGAGAUAUGUUUAUAUAGAUAUAUACCUAUUCUAUAUUAUAAGUUGUUCUUUUUGUACAGUAUUUUUCCUAUACAUUACUGAAGUAUGUAUUUUAAUGGCACAACAGAUCCAUAUUAUUAAAGAAAUGUCUAUAAACUCAAAGACAGAUUGCAUAUAGUGGUAUUUUUAAUAUUCUGUGUUAGCUCGCAUGAGGUCGUUCUGCGAAGACUCUGCAACUUCAAAAACUCCCUGGCAUUAUUAUUAUUAUUAGACACUCGUGCUCAUGUUGGCGCCCCCUACAGGCCUCCUUGUCAUUUAACUCGCAGGAAUCCGAUGCACUAAAAAAAAAUGCAGUCCAGAGGAUAGAAUGUACCAUUUUCCCGCAAGAAUUCAGCAAGAAAAACGCAAAUUUUCCACCCUAAACGCAACCUCACAAACCUCCCAUCCCGUCGCAAGUCGGCCGGUGUCUACCCUCCUCUUGCAGGCGAACUCAUUCUGAGGCUUUUAUUUUUCGUAAACUGCACUGUAAACGUGUGUGUCGCGUGUUUUUGUGCUCUGAUUUGAUGGGGCGAAGUUACGAUGAAGGAAGGGAAAUGUUUUGCUGGUUACCGUCGCAGAGUGAUGGACACUGAGAAGCUUUUAUUUCUCUUUAUUUUUCUUAAAUGAAAGCUUACAGUGAAGUCCCUGCAGAUAUUUUUUAGCUUUUAGCUGCUUUGAUUUGUCGGUUUGGAAUGGAUACAUUUUUUUAUGUAUUUCUUUCCUUUGUUUCAGAACGAUUUAAAUGAAAUAAAAUUGCACCCAAGUAGCAAAAAAAUCAAGACGUUAAAUAUUUUUUAUUGAACUUUUUUUUAAAACUUUUUGGACAGUCCAGAAUUUCCUUUUGUUUAGAGAAAUUUUUGCAAUAGAAGGUCAAAAAAACAAAAGGCUUAUUCAUAUUUUUGGAUAGUCAGAUACUCAGAUUUGUGUCGAAGGUAUUUUUUCCCAUUUCUGGGGGUAAAUUUGUUUGAACAAAAAAAGUUUUUUCCACGUUUUUGCGGUUGUCCAUUCAAAAUCUUUUUUCUGUUUUUGGGAGAACAUUUUUUGAAUAGAGGGUACAUUUAAAAACCAUUUAUUUUUUGUGGGUAAAUCGCCUAAAAUACAAUAAAAGCUUUUUUCUACCAUAUACUUAAAUCCCAGUCCAGAUUUCAUCCAAAGAUUUUUGCUUUUACAAUUUGUGUUUUUGAGUGUGAACUAAAUUUGUAGAAGAGAGUGAUAACUGGAGUUUUUAUGAUUUAAAUAUAUACAGUAUAUAUAUGUAUAGGAAAAAGCCAAUAAUGAACCCGUGCAUAUCCCAUAAUGACCUCACAUCUCACUACCUCACCCGGCGACGUUAACCAUAAUCCCGAGUCUAUUCCAGUGCCUUGAAUACACUGACUGUUCCUCCGUCUCUCAGCGAUGUAAAGAUCUAAUAAAGAAUUAGUUCAGAUCUGCAUUGAGGGGCUUCUUAGUGCAUCCAAAAAAUCUAUAUUAUUAUUAUUAUAUACAGUAUAUAUAGAUAUAGAUAGAUAGAUAUACACACGCACAACUCCUCGUUUCUUAUUCCUGACAAUGCAGCAGACUUAAUAACCAUUGUAUUCACGGCAACACCAGCGGACUGUUUUUAUCGUGUGUGUACAGGAAGAAGCAGAAGAACAUAAAGUGAGUUUGUCACAGAAUGAAUGAAUGAAUGAAUGCGUUAACUUUUAUUAUGAUUAUUAUUUUGUUUGUGCUGUUCAGCCUCUCUCUCUCUCUGUCUAUCUAUAAUCUGUAGUGUUGAAUAAAAAUCACACUUCUUUUCUGA